GAAAUCCUAGUCGGAUUUCGAAUGUGUCUUUGACAGAGUAAACAUCCUAGUUUUCAUUUCUAACUCUAGUUCCAUACAUCAUAGAAGGGAAUAAAGGUUCUCUGCCUACCUCUCUAAAAACUUGAAUCAACAUGUGUUCAAGACUUCUCGAGAAGUAUCCUCUCAUGUGGCACGGGGAAUUUACGAUUAAAACUUUCCGUGCCAUGGUGCGACUAAAUUACAUCUUGGGAAAUCAACGAGUAGCCACCGGGGCUCUAUCUAUGCCUUCCAUCCGAGUGGCAAAAAGAUUGCGACAGGAGAACAUGCCCGAACUUCCUUUAGAACUUCCGGAAGACAGCUGUUGCGUCCUCACUGCACUCCCUUACGGGCAAAAUGAAGAGGAGGUAGCCAGCCGCACUAAAGCACUCUCCGAAGGAAUGGUGAAUUAUCUGAGGAGCAAAAGGGCUGUUGGAAUAUCUGUAGCACCCGGGGAAGAGUAUGUUGUGAAAGUUUGCAUACCAUCCGAAAUGACUGCCAGCUUCUUGGCCCGGAUUGCCCCUGAUUGGUACCACACCAUUUGUGAUAAAGAGCAUUUGCUAGUACUCGUCGUGAAGCUGAAUACCAAGAAGUAACCGAACGGAGCAAAGAAGCGGCUGAUUUCAGAUUUUGAAGAACUAAUUACACGCUCGUAUUAAGAAGAUUAAUUUCCCAAUUAAGUAUGUCCACCAAGUCGAAUAUCGUGUGUGGUGCUACGGGCAUUAAAUGUAUUAAAAAAAUAUGCUUUUAAA